CUUUACUCUCAAAUGCUAUGCAAGUGACUCUGGAGGUUUUGGAAAUGUUUGGUGAGAUAGUAACAACAUCUACUGAGUAUGAUGAGCUUUUGAAGUUACUGCAAAAGCCACACUUCCAGGCAAUACUCUGUACGCAUGAUGCUGUGGCCCAAAAAGAUUAUUACCCUCACUUGCCCGAUGUACCUGCUGACGCUGAUGAUGAAGAAGAAACUGUAAAAAUUGUUCAACUUGUAAAAAGUGAUGAGCCACUGGGUGCUACUAUAAAAACUGAUGAGGAAAGUGGGAAAAUUGUUAUAGCCAGAGUUAUGCAUGGUGGUGCAGCUGACCGUUCGGGCCUUAUUCAUGCUGGAGAUGAAGUCAUAGAGGUUAAUGGAAUAAGUGUACAGAAUAAAUCACCAGCAGAUGUACUUUCAAUUUUGCAAAGUUCUGAAGGGACCAUUACAUUUAAGCUAGUACCAUCUUUUGGGAAGGGUGGUUCACGGGAAAGUAAAGUGAGAGUAAGAGCUCUGUUUAAUUAUAAUUCCGCCGAAGAUCCGUACAUUCCUUGUAAAGAAGCAGGUCUUAAUUUUAAGAAGGGCGAUAUACUACACAUUGUUUCUCAAGAUGACGCCUACUGGUGGCAGGCUCGGCGUGAAGGUGAUCGGGUCAUGAGGGCGGGGCUUAUACCGUCUAGGGCUCUACAAGAAGGAAGGAUUAUACAUGAGCGACAAGCAGAACCGCAAACCAUGGACGGGAAGCCAGCCUUGUGUAGUUCAUCGGCUACAAAUUCCGAUUGUGGUCCUAAAACUCCGUGUUCGCCAACACCAAAUGCUACAGCUCUUCUACCAUGCAAGUCAACACCUAAAGUAAAGAAAAUAAUAUAUGAUAUAAAAGAAAACGAUGAUUUUGAUCGUGAAAUGAUUCCAACAUAUGAGGAGGUAGCGAGAUUGUAUCCAAGACCAGGACUAGUAAGACCUAUUGUACUAGUUGGUGCUCCAGGAGUCGGUCGUAACGAGUUACGAAGAAGGCUGAUAGCGACUGAUCCGGAAAAGUACGUCACACCUAUACCAUGUAAGUAUUGAUAGCGAAGUUUUGCGAAUAUUGUUUAUCAAUGUAAUUUCUGUGUCAGUGUCCUAAUUUUGUUUGGCUAGCGUUAUCACUGUUUUUGUUUUCAUAUACUGCAAAAAGAAGUAAAAAAAAGCAUGAAUAUUAUGUAAUUGGUACAAUAAUUAAAGUACAAAAUUUGCUCGCUAAUGCUAUCGCUAUAUUAAAAUAAAAUAUUGCGAAUAUGAGUUCUAAAUGGAGUAUUUGAAUGAUUAUCUCGUCUUCGAAGAUAAAGAUUGUAUUAAGAAGCAUUCUAAGUUAAAAAAGUAUAUUUUAUUAAUUUGAACAAUGUUUAAAAUGUUUUGUUUAACAAAAUUAUAAUAAUUUUU